AUGAAUUACAACACAGUUCCAAAUUCUAGCAUGAUCAACUUUACAAGAUGGACUUCAGUGGAGGAGGUUGUUGAGAUCCCACCGGCUUUUCCUACAUAUACCUACUCCUCCCUUACUCCGAUAGAGCAAGUGCAAACGCGUGUUGACCAGAAGGAGCACUACACAGAUGUCAUUGGGAUAGUUAUCUCUGUCUCAAGUGUUACGUCCCUGCGGACAAGAGGACGACAGGUUGACAGCUUAAAAAGGACUAUUGUUAUACACAGUGCAAGGUACAAACUUUCUAUCCUUGCUGGAGAUGAGACAGGUGACACUGAAUUUGUUCUCUUUGGACGUGUUGCUCAACGCCUCGUCAAAAAGUCAGUCGAUACAUUGAUUGCUGGGAAUCUAGUUGGUUUCAUUCCAAACGAGAUCACAAGGCUCUUGGAAAAGGUUUUCAUAUGGAAUGUCAGCUUCUCCGAGUACACAAUACAAUCUGGAAAUGUCUCCUUCCAGGUCAAUGCAACUAUUGCAGAGAUAGAUACUGGAACUCAUCUCCCAAUGUCACCAGCAGGAUCACAGCAAUCGUCACUUAUGCUCUCUCAAGAUGCAAGUAGCAGAAUGCAGGGUACUCCACAGAAAGGCGAAGUCCUUACUUUGCCUUCAUCACCGGUAACACCACAAGGUGGUAAAGCUGUUGCUGAAUACAAGAUUGCUGAAAAUCUUGGAGUAGAUGCAGAUGCAUCAGGUGGCUCCUCAACAACCAAGACACAGAACAGUGCUACGAAAAAAGGUCGUGUCCUUCGCCAAACAAGAAAGCUGCAAAGAAGUUGUUCACUGAUGAAGAUGCAGGGGGUGACACCGAUCAAGGCUUUGCAGAUGGCUCUGCUGAGCCUAGAUUAA